AGGCAGUUUCUUUUUUGCCAGAGAACAGAGGCUCUCGGCUGGAGAAGCCACUGCCACUCCCAACUGAUCCCUUCUCUUCAUCAAAAAUAGACACCAAAAACUCUAAGAAAAGAAAUCCAACCCUUCCAACGGAAGAUGCAGAAGCCCUAUUGACACAAAGAUUCCAAGAAAUUUUCCCGAUUUGACUUUCUGGAGGAAACUUCAGUCUUGUUUUCAGGAAGCUGAAUGCGAAGUGGCCUGGCCGAGAUGUCCCAGCUGGCCUUUUUUGCCGUUCUUCUUUGCAUGACGCUGGUUCCCCUCCAGGCUCAGUUUGAUGAGGACUAUGACACAACCUUCAGUCUUCGCCCAACUGCCUGUCCAGAGAAGACCGACUGCCCCAUCAACGUGUACUUUAUCAUUGACACUUCGGAAAGCAUUGCCCUGCAGACUGUGCCGAUCCAGAGCCUGGUGGAUCAUAUGAAGCAGUUCAUCCAGGCCUUCAUCAGUAAACUGGAGACCGAGGUCUACCAGAACCAGGUCUCCAUCACAUGGAAUUUCUGGGGACUUCACUUCUCAGACGUGGUGCAGAUUUACAGCACCUUGACCAACAGCAAGGACGUGUACCUCACCAGGCUGAAUGCCAUCAACUACAUUGGUCGGGGCACGUUCACAGACUGCGCGAUCUCCAAAAUGACCGAGCAGAUCAUGAGCCAUGCAGUCCCUGCCGUAAAAUUCGCUGUGGUCAUCACCGACGGCCAUGUGACAGGCAGCCCCUGUGGCGGGAUGAAGAUGCAGGCUGAGAAGGCCCGGGAUGCAGGGAUCAAGCUCUUUGCAGUGGCCCCCAGCCAGAACAUCUUCGAGCCGGGUCUCCGGGAGAUCGCCAACCUCCCCCACGAGCUGUACCGCAAUAACUAUGCCACUACCAAGAGAGGUGCCAUCGAGGUGGACGAGGACACCAUCGACCGGAUUAUCCAAGUCAUGAAACACGAAGCCUAUGGAGAGUGCUACAAGAUGAGCUGUCUGGAGAUCACAGGCCCGCCUGGGCCCAAGGGCUACCGGGGGCAGAAGGGUGCGAAGGGGAACAUGGGUCAACCAGGAGGUCCUGGGCUAAAAGGGCGACAGGGUGACCCAGGUAUUGAAGGUCCCAUCGGAUACCCUGGUCCCAAGGGUAUUCCUGGUCUGAAAGGAGAGAAGGGCGAGUUUGGAGGCGACGGCAGGAAGGGGGCAGCUGGUUUGGCAGGAAGGAACGGCACCGACGGACAGAAGGGCAGGCUGGGACGGAUUGGAUCCCCUGGCUGUAAGGGAGACCCUGGGGACAAGGGCCCUGAUGGUUACCCAGGAGAUGCAGGAGACCAAGGAGAACCAGGAGACGAAGGCAUAAAGGGAGAUCCUGGCCGCCCUGGCCGCAGCGGACCCGUGGGAUCUCCAGGAGAAAAGGGAAACCGGGGACCUAAAGGCAACAACGGAGCCCCUGGGAGCCCUGGUGCCAAGGGAGGCAAAGGCAGCCCAGGACCUGCUGGACCCAAGGGAGAGCCGGGUCGUCGCGGGGACCCAGGGACAAAAGGCAGCCCGGGGAACGCUGGGACCAAGGGAGAGAAGGGAGACCCCGGCCCCGAAGGCCCCCGGGGCCUAGCAGGAGAAGUCGGCAGCAAAGGAGCAAGGGGCGAUCGAGGAGUGCUGGGGCCCCGAGGCCCGCAGGGUGCCGUGGGAGAGCCGGGCAGGCCUGGAUCUCGUGGGGACCCAGGCGACAUGGGCACAAGGGGCAACCCAGGGCCCCCAGGACCAAAGGGAGACCGAGGCAGACCUGGCUUCAGCUACCCUGGCCCCAGAGGACUUGGGGGCGACAAAGGCGAGAAGGGACCGCCUGGUCCAGAGGGUGCAAGGGGCGACUUUGGACCGAAAGGCGCUCCCGGGGUGAAAGGAGACACAGGGGAACCUGGUGACCCCGGCCCAUCCGGCGAGCCUGGCCCCAGAGGCAGCCCAGGCCCAAAGGGCUUCGAGGGUGAUCCGGGCCCACCCGGAGAUCCUGGCCUAACCGACUGCGAUGUGAUGACCUACGUGAGAGAAACCUGCGGCUGCUGCGACUGCGAGAAGCGCUGCGGUGCCCUGGACAUCGUGUUUGUCAUAGACAGCUCCGAAAGCAUCGGCUACACCAACUUCUCCCUGGAGAAGAACUUUGUCAUCAACGUGGUGAGCCGCCUGGGCUCCAUUGCCAAGGACCCCAAGUCAGAGACAGGUGCCCGGGUCGGGGUGGUGCAGUACAGCCACGAGGGGACAUUCGAGGCCAUCCAGCUCAACGACGAGCGCAUUAACUCCCUGUCCAACUUCAAGGAGGCGGUGAAGCGUCUGGAAUGGAUCGCCGGGGGCACCUGGACGCCCUCAGCCCUGCAGUUUGCCUACAACAAGCUCAUCAAGGAGAGUAGGCGAGAGAAAGCCCGUGUGUUUGCCGUGGUGGUGACAGACGGGCGCCACGAUCCGCGGGACGACGACAACAACCUCCAGGCCUUCUGCCAGGGAGAUGUGAUCGUCAACGCCAUCGGCAUCGGCGACAUGUUCAACCAGCCAGACCAGGACGAGACCCUGCGCUCCAUUGCGUGCAACGAGCAGCAGCGCGUCCAGAAAAUGAGGCUCUUCUCGGAGCUGGUGGCUGAGGAAUUCAUUGACAACAUGGAGGACGUCCUCUGCCCAGAUCCACAGAUCGUCUGCCCAGAACUGCCCUGCCAAACAGAUGACAGGAACCCUGGGAAUGCAAACCCACUUAUUUUCCGCCCCAUGGAAGAGGAGGUCAAGAUACCUUUCCCCUACACCAAAGAGUCAAUCGCCCAGUUCCUAAACUCUACGCGGGAAAUCCAGGACCCCAGCACGUACAGCCAGCUGGUGGCCACUUUGGCCUAUACCGCCGAGAACGCCAAGUUUGCCACUGGACAUGAGCGGCAGGAGUGGAUGGACCUGUUCAUUGACACUUUUAAAAUAGUGCACAGUGAAAUCGUGGGGGAUCCAGAAACCGUGCUGGGGCUCUGCUGAGCUUUGCACUAGGGACAGUGUACAGGACUGGCAGCUGAGUGGAGCAGGAGCUCUUGGGAAAAGCAAUGUUCCCUGUAAACAGCGCCUCUUGAGAAUUCCCAGGAGGGGCUGGGUACCAUGGUGGACGCGUUGAGCUUAGGAGGAGCCCAGAGAGUCUCGGUGGCUCCCAGCCAGUGAUUUGAUGGCAGGGGCGGUUCUCUCAGCACAGUGCAUCUUCCCAGACACCAGGAGAGAUGCUCCUGCUUCACUCACUGUCUCUGCAGCACUUUUUAAGGGAACAUUGGGUGCUGGCAGAGGAGCUGUCCUGUCCCGAAGAGACACUCCUAUUCUGUCCUUCUAAACACGCCAAGCCCACAAUGACAGGCUAGCUUGUCAAAUAGCCCUCGUGGGCCCUCCCAGCCCUCAGUCCCACCUGGGCUCCAUGGCCGAAUCAGGGAGGUUGCUUGCCGAUGUGUACCUGAGGGCCAGAGCAAGCCCUGUCUCAGCGAUGGGUGUAGGGAUGUGUGCUAACAUGUGUCUGUUUUCCUACGUAGCUUUUGUUCUGAUUGUCCUCGAAUUUUCUCCUGUGUUCUCUUUUUGUGUUUAACUAACCGGGCUUUCCUUGGGUUAUGCCAGCCCCCAGAGAGGCCAGGCUCCCAACUGAGAAGCCCCACCACGCUACCCCCUUUGCUAUAAUCACAAUGUUUAAUCACUCAACUUGCGCUGUAACCUGUGCUAUUAAAGAAAAGAGAGCCGUGCGAGCGGUUCGGGGUGGGCCCCCUUUGUGUCUCCCUUGGGCUUUGCUGGAAACUGCCCCGGUCUCAACAUGUGCCCUGUGUCUUUGUCUGAGUGUCAUUCUGCCUGCAUGUCGUAUGCAUACUGGACUUGCUCUUCUCACUGUCCUAGAAGCCACAUGCCUACUCCUAGGCAGGAAAAUCCAGCACAUGUCAGAACAAGGAGCUAAAAGCUAUUCCCCAGUGAUUGCGCCGUUCUGAAAUACCAUAAUGUACCCUACAUGUGCGAGACACUAGGUGUAAACAUGCUGUUGUUCUGGGCAUGGAAAGUUCCUAACCAGCUGUGUACACGAUUCAGAGAGGUUACAGUCCCAUCGUGUGAGCCCUGGUCAUUAUAACCUGCUCCAAGGGACCACAUGGGGAGAGUUUCAAAGGCACCUAACUCCCAUUGACUUUGAAAGAGAGUUGGGCACCAUGCUGCUAUCUGUGCUUUCAAAACUCUCCCCCAUAGCUACAGAAGAGCAGACCAAAGAGUACGGGGCACAAAUAUUAGGUUCCAGUGGGUGAAUUCUGCUAGCCCCCUGGCAUGGAGGUAGCUUCAUUGCAAUGACUUCAGCUAUCUUGUGCAUUUCAUUAGUUAACAUGCAGAUGAAAAUACCCGGAACUGGACUGAGCAUCCCAUCGUGCAGUGAUGUUUGGGCUAUAAUGCCAUCUGCUUUCAAGGGCCUGCAGCGGGUACAUUUGCCAGAGCACUAGAUGGGGCCAGGGUGGGAAGGAGGAGCUGGAACUGGGAGUCUGCAAACCUCAGAAAUGUUUUGUGACUCUGCACCCCAAAUCCUGGCUAGGUGCGAGAGCUUCACCAGAACGAGCCAGAGCUCUGGGGCUUGCGAAACCAGGCUGAGCAUUGCAUGGCAAUAGGCAUGCUCAGCUGGGAUCUGCCAUUUUCUGCUUUGGGUGGGGCAGAUGCCCCUCUUGCUCUGCAGCCGGACCCUUUUGCUGCCAGCCUGCCCCGUGGGAGGGAGCUUGGAGAAUUCCAGCGCUGGCAAAUAUCGAGAAAAGGGCUGACAACGCUUGGCCAGGCUUUUGAAUGGCUUGGCUUGGCUUGAGCUUUGGGCAAAGGAUUGGGAGCAGGGCGAGGUCCUACCAAUGGUGACUCCAUUUAUCCGUCUCUGGAUGUAAUCAGCGUAGGUAAGGUGGGGUGAAGUGAACAACCCCCCCACACACCAUUACCAUUUUGGUGUGUGACACUAAAGAGAGCCGUGGCUUUAGCUUGCUGGGGGGCGGCUGAGAAGCGCUAAACUCAGAGCAUUGUUGCUGCUUUGACCUGAGCCAAAGACACACAACUGUUGGCCCAGGAAGAAUCCCGGCUGGUUUCUGCGGGGCUGCCUGCGGCCUGGCGUGUUUUGCUGAACCGGCUCCUAAGUCAAUACUGCUUAGUUUGUUUUAGCAGGUGAGUUUAUCCCUCCUCCCCCUCAGGCUGCGGCUAGUUGUUUGGUUUCCUGGGCGGAGCUCGCCCAGAAAGGGAACACGACAAAUCAGCAGAAAUCUAAGUCCCCAGAAGACAGGAACAGUAUCUCCGAGGGCAGCCUCAGGAUCUCUGUGCAGUUCUGAGCCCGUGCGUGGAGAACCUGCCCCUGGCAAGUCCCUAACAGCCCCCAGGCAGGCUCUGACGCAGAAUCCACGUCUUUCCCUCUGCC